AUGAGAAAGGUGGGACGAUGCUUGAAGUGGCGGAGCUUGUGGAACAAUGCGGAACUGAGUUCUGCUGGGAAGUUGGGGGAGGAGGAGGAAGAGGCAGCUGCGGCUGUAGGUCAAGGUGCUGCUGCAGGCGGUGGAGCAACUGCUCGAGCUGGAGGAGGAGGUGCCAGAGCUGCUGCUGGUGCUGCUGUUGCUGCGGUUGCUGCUGCUGCUGCUGCUGUUGUUGCGGAGGAGGAGGAGGAGGAGGAGGAGGAGGAGGAGGAGGAGGAGGAGGAGGAGGAGGAGGAGGAGGAGGAGGAGGAGGAGGCUGAGGUAGAGAGAAGGGUUGACUCGGGGCAUGGUGUGCGGUAUGUGCUGUCAGGUGUGCGGUAUGUGCUGUCAGGUGUGCGGUAUGUGCUGUCAGGUGUGCGGUAUGUGCUGUCAGAUGUGCUGUAUGCGCGUGCAGAUGUGUUGUAUGCCAGGGAGGUGGGCAGGGGGCGGACGAGGGGAGGGGGACAGCGAGCGGGGAAGGGGGGCGUGCAACGAGUGCGCGGACGGGGAGAGUGUGGACGACCGGAGCGCGGACGAGCAGGGCGUGCAGACGAACAGGGCGCGCGGACGGCCAGGGUGCGGAUGACUGGGGCGCGCGGACAGGCAGGGCGCGGACGCGAAGGGCGGAUGAGCAGGGCGUGCGGACGGGCAAGGCGCGGACGAGCAGGGCGUGCGGACGGGCAGGGCGGGGACGCGAAGGGCGGACGAGCAGAGCGCGGACGACCAGGGCGCGCGGUCGGACUAGCAAGGGCGUGCGAGUUGCAGAUCUGA